AUGGAAACUGUAAAUAAUGAGAGUUCAUCGAGUGAUGAAUUAAGUAUACUCAACAGCAGUACAAGUAGUAGUAGUACAUCUUCAAAUAAUGAAGAGGAAAAUGAAGAUGUAUUAUUAUUCCUUUUGCUUAAUAAUUUGAUGAAUGGUCGGAAAAGACAUCGCGUUGAAGAUUAUCUUCGAGUUGUUGAUUCUUGGACAGACCAGGAAUUUAAAGAACAUUUACGUUUAAAUCGACGUACAGCAUUGAUUUUAAUUGAAGAAUUGAAAGUCUCGCAUUAUAUUCCAUCACAUUCUUUUGGCGUUAAAUUAAUAUCGGCAAAACUUAGUUUUUUAAUUUUUUUGUGGUAUAUUGCGAAUACAGAACCACUUCGAACAAUGUCUGAUAGAUUUAAUGUUUCAAUUUCUUCUGUUUUUAGAGUUCUUCGACGAAUUAUAGCUUGGUUUUUAACAAAAAAAGAUAUAAUUAUAAAAUGGCCACAAGAAAAUGAGAUUAUAAUGGUAUGUGAAAAAUUUAACAGAAAACAAGGAAUUCGUAAUAUUUUAGGAGCGAUAGAUUCGACUCACAUUCAAAUUCUGAAACCUAGCAGUAAUGCACGUAAUUAUUGUAAUCGAAAAAAAUUUUUUUCAAUAAAUUUACAAGCUGUUGUAGAUGCAGAUAUGCUUUUCACUAAUAUAUAUUGCGGUGAACCUGGUUCGCUUCAUGACGCGCGGGUCUUCCGAAGAUCAUCUUUAUAUGAAACAGCUAGUAUGGAUAAAGAAAUGUUAUUUCCUGGCCAAACAUUUCUAUUAGGUGAUUCGGCAUAUCUAUGUUUACAAUGGCUUGUUCCACCGUUUCGAGAUAACGGGCAUUUGUCACCUCAACAGAGGGAAUUUAAUUUUAUGCAUUCAUCUACACGAAUAGUUGUCGAAAGACUGUUCGGGCAAUUAAAAGGGCGUUUUCGUCGCAUUAAAUUCUUUACUGAAUAUCGUGACAUAUCUUUUAUUACUAAUACAGUAGUUGCGGCUUGUAUACUACAUAAUUAUUGCAUUGGUAAAAAUGAUUUAUAUGAUUUUUCUGAAUAUGUCGACGAUUUUAUAAACAUUGAAAAUAAUAACGAAGAACUUAAUAAUUUUAAUCAAGAACUAGACCGUAGGAUGCAGUUGUUUAAUGAGAUAUUUCCUAUAAACUAA